AUGGCAAACCAACUUCAAGAUCCCUUAACCACUUCCCCUAAUCUCAGAAAAGAAGCGGUGACCCUGCAAGCAGAUAGCCUCGUGACCACAAUGGCCUUACCCAUGGUUCUUAAAGCGGCCUUGGAGCUUGGCGUCAUCGAAACGAUGACAGCCGUAGAUGAAGGCGUGUGGCUCUCGUCUUAUGAGAUUGCGCUUCGUCUCCCAACCAAACCAACCAAUCCGGAGGCACCGGUUUUGUUGGACCGGAUGCUAACUUUACUAGCCAAUCACUCGAUCUUGAAGCACCGUAUGGUUGAUACAGGAGAAAACGGAGAGACCAAGACGGUAUAUGCAGCUGGACCGAUUUGCACGUUUUUCUCGAACCGUGGAGAAUGCUCGGGUUCUCUUGCGCCUCUCUUCAUGAUAAACCUAAGCGAAGUUUAUUUGAAGACAUGGAUGCAUCUCAAAGACGUGAUAUUAGAAGGAAAGGAUGCAUUCACCUCUGCUCAUGGCAAGAGUUUUUUCGAAUACAUUUGUUCGAACGAACAAUUCGCUGAGAUGUUUAACGGGGCUAUCUCAGAAACUUCAAGGUUGACCAUGAAUAAGGUUUUAGAAGUUUACCGAGGAUUUGAAGAUGUAAAAACUUUGGUGGAUGUGGGAGGAGGAAAUGGAACUGCUAUAAGUCUAGUGAUUUCCAAAUAUCGUCAUAUUAAGGGCAUCAAUCUCGAUCUAGCCUGUGUUAUAGACGAUGCUCCUCUUUAUCCAGGAGUGGAGCAUGUUUCAGGAGACAUGUUUACAGAAAUUCCAAAAGGAGAUGUUAUGUUUUUGAAAUGGAUACUACAUUGUUGGAAUGACGAAGACUGUGUAAAGAUACUAAAAAAUUGUACGAGAAGUCUCUCCGAAACAGGAAAAGUGAUAAUAGUCGACGUGCUUAAGCCGACACAACCAAAUAUCAAAGAUUUGUAUUCGACCAAUGCUUUCGCCAAGGACAUGGUGAUGCUUACGUUUUUAUCGGGUGGCAGGGAGAGGUCUCUUCCCGAGUUCCAGACUCUGGCCUUUGCUUCCGGGUUUCGUCGUUUUCAAAUCGCUUGUUGUGUCGAUUCGUAUUGUAUUAUCGAACUCCGCAAAUAA